CAACAGCCAUUGCUCUCUCCCAUCCCCUCUCCCUCCUCCCCCCUCAGUUCUCACUCUGUUCUAGUCACAAUGGCUUCUCGGCGCUUGGCUUUCAAUCUUAACCAGGCUCUCCGGAGCCGCGCUGCCUUGAAGUCCGUCCAGCCGAUGAAGCGAGGCUUCGCGUCCCCGAUUACCCUGCCAUCUACUACCCAGAGCACUACCCUGUCCAACGGGUUUACGAUUGCAACUGAGCAUUCUCCCUACGCCCAGACCUCCACCGUUGGCGUGUGGAUCGAUGCUGGCAGCAGAGCCGAGACCGACAAAACAAAUGGAACCGCGCACUUCCUGGAACAUCUUGCCUUCAAGGGUACAAACAAGAGAACCCAACACCAAUUGGAACUUGAGAUCGAAAACCUUGGCGCUCACCUCAAUGCCUACACUUCGAGGGAAAACACCGUUUACUAUGCCAAGUCUUUCAAUUCCGAUGUUCCCAAGGCUGUCGACAUCCUCGCCGACAUCCUUCAGAACUCCAAACUGGAGCCCGCUGCCAUCGAGCGGGAGAGAGACGUGAUCCUGCGUGAGCAAGAGGAAGUUGACAAGCAGCUCGAGGAGGUUGUAUUUGACCACCUGCAUGCUACCGCUUUCCAGAACCAGCCUCUUGGCCGCACAAUCCUCGGCCCCAAGGAGAACAUCCAGACCAUCUCCCGCGACAACCUGGUUGACUACAUCAAGACCAACUACACUGCUGACCGUAUGGUUCUGGUUGGUGCUGGUGGUGUCUCUCACGAGCAACUCGUCAAGCUGGGUGAGGAGCACUUUGGUCAUCUCCCCAGCCAGGCCCCCAGCCUCGUUGCUGCGCAGAAGAAGACUCCGGAAUUUAUUGGAUCCGAAGUUAGACUUCGUGAUGAUACGAUUCCUUCUGCCCACAUUGCUCUUGCUGUUGAGGGUGUCAGCUGGAAGGAUGAUGACUACUUUACUGCCCUGGUUACGCAGGCCAUUGUCGGCAACUGGGAUCGUGCCAUGGGUAACUCCCCCUACCUUGGAAGCAAGCUCAGCAGCUUUGUCAGCCACCACAACCUUGCCAACAGCUUCAUGAGCUUCUCGACAAGCUACAGUGACACUGGUCUCUGGGGUAUUUACCUCGUCACUGAGAACUUGACCAAUGUCGAUGACCUCGUUCACUUCACACUGCGCGAGUGGACUCGCCUGACAUUCAAUGUCACCUCCGCCGAGGUCGAGCGUGCCAAGGCUCAGCUCAAGGCUUCUAUUCUUCUCUCUCUCGACGGCACCACUGCUGUUGCUGAGGAUAUUGGCCGCCAGAUCAUCACCACUGGCCGCCGCCUGAGCCCCCAGGACAUUGAACAAGCCAUUGGACGGAUCACCGAGAAGGACGUCAUGGACUUCGCCUCGCGGAAAUUGUGGGAUCAGGACGUCGCCAUCAGUGCCCUUGGCAGCAUUGAGGGUCUCCUUGACUACAACAGAGUUCGCAAUGACAUGACCCGAACCAGCUUGUAAACUCUCUCGCAAGCGUCCGAUCUUCAAUACUCGUGUUUCUGUGUCAAUCCGGGGAUUCCGCCUUCUGGUUUGUUUCGUUGGUGGUUAAUUGAUAGAUGAUGUGGUCGUUGCCGAAGUAGCGUGUCCGUAGCAAAUUUUGUACAGUAUAUAACUGUUCACCGAUACACUCAAAACAGUUCCCUUUUACUUCCAUUUCCCUUUCCCUCAUUUACCUACUGGGUUUCGGGAAUCUAGGUAGUCCAUAAUUGUAUGUAAUCCAGGUAUGUAUUGGCCAAGGCUUAUUUACAAGGAUUGCUCGGAGGUCCAAACCAGGUAGGCUGGAA